AUGGGGAACUCUCAGUGUGCUGGCAAACAGGGAGCUGAUUGGCGCCCGUGGGGCCUGGAGUUUGACCCUGGUGGCGGCCCUAUGGGAGGGUACAGCAGCGCCCACGGGCCAGGUCGAUGGGACCUCAACGGCCAGUGCCAAGACUUUCGGGGCCACAUGGGAAGUGACUGGGCUGUGAAUGGCUCAAAUAUAGGGCUACUGCAGGAACCCAAUUGUCUUUAG